AUGGUCAGAUUGAGCGGACUAGUUAUUAUGCAACUCCUUGGCACCAUUACAACUGCAUCCAAUUUGAUCGAUAAUAUCGAUGAGGAUUAUCACAAAGAAUGGGUUGUCAUGAUAUAUGGUGGACCGCAAGUGGCGUCGCUAUUGGCAGCUCAGUCUGGUUACAGAUAUCAUAGCCCGGUUCUCGGAUUCAAUGAUACAUAUAUAUGGCUUAUGGAUGAUAACCCGAGCCAGAAGAAAAGAGGAAAUCUUCGCUUAACGAAGGAUCUUAAUGCAAAUUCCAAGAUCAUUUGGGCGGAUCAACAAAAAACUGUAAAACGAUUUAAACGCGAUUACAUCUCGUUAGUCGAUCCGGAGUCUGAAAAACCUUUAACGAGAGAAAAGCGUCUGCAAUUAAACACAUACGAAGCUGCAUCAAAAGCCGUUAACAGGCAGGAGGAAAAUUACAAUGCUGCCCAUAGAAUAUUUAAUGACGAGCUUUGGGAUCAAGAAUGGUACCUGCAAGGUACGAAGACCGAAAAGGCUUUGCCGAAGCUCGACUUAAACGUCCUGCCUCUCUAUCGACUAGGGAUAACUGGUCGCGGAGUGAGAAUUGCUAUUCUCGACGAUGGUUUGGAAUACAAUCAUGAUGAUCUGCGGAGCAACUACGAUGCAGCUAUUAGUUACGAUGUAAAUGAACACGACAAUGAUCCUCUGCCAAGAUAUAAUGGGAAAAACGCUCACGGCACCAAGUGUGCUGGCGAGAUAGCGAUGGAAGCCAAUAACCGAAAAUGUGGUGUCGGUAUUGCCUUCGAGGCAUCCAUCGGCGGCAUCAAGCUCCUCGACGGCCUAAUGAACGAUCGUGUAGAAGGCGAAGCUCUAAGUUAUAAACAAGAACUCAUCGAUAUCUAUUCAGCUUCCUGGGGACCGUCUGACGAUGGAGAAACAUUGGACGGACCCCGCAGACUCGCCGUCGAGGCACUCAAACGCGGUGUAACAAAAGGUCGUAACGGCAAAGGUAACAUUUACGUAUGGGCCUCUGGGAAUGGUGGAAAUUCGGACGAUUGCGGAUACGACGGAUAUGUUGGAAGUAUAUACACCGUGGCCGUAGGAUCAGUUAGCCAAACUGGAAAACUUCCUUGGUACGGAGAGAGAUGUCCUGCUCUACUCGCUACGACAUAUAGCAGCGGCGCGUAUUACGAUCAAAAGAUAGUAACAACAGAUCUGAAAAAUACAUGUACGACCAACCAUACGGGUACUUCAGCUUCAGCCCCAUUAGCCGCCGGAAUACUAGCUCUCGCGCUACAAGUAAACAAUAAUUUAACGUGGAGGGAUGUUCAACAUUUGAUGGCUUGGUCGUCAGAGUAUAGUCCUCUCAGUCAAAAUCCAGGAUGGUUUAAGAAUGCGGCUGGAUUCUUGUUUAACCCGGCUUUUGGAUUUGGCCUUAUGAAUGGGGAAGCACUGGUAAUGGCAAGCUACAAUUGGGAGACAGUACCGGAGAAGACUAUUUGCGUAGUUAAUAUGUACAACACCGAUGACUUUAAAAUAGCUUAUGGAAAUACGAAGCAUCUGCUAUUCGAUGCCAGUAACGUUUGUCGGACAUCGGAGAGUGAGAUUAUUUUUUUGGAACACGUGGAGAUUGAGGUGAAUCUCGAAUACUCUCGUCGCGGCGCACUAGAAAUGUAUCUACGUUCACCGUCUGGUACUUUAGUCCAGAUUUUAAGUUCAAGGAAGUGGGAUAAAUCUAAGGAUGGUUUUAGAAAGUGGAAGUUCAUGUCCGUCGCAACGUGGGGCGAAGACCCUCGAGGAAUAUGGAUCUUGUACAUAUUUGACAAAAUAGGCCCGAUGCAAAAUUAUGGUACAAUUGGAGAAUUUACACUGAUUCUGCAUGGCUCCGAGCAAAUUCCUGCCUACCGUAAAAACGGACCGAGAAUUUACAACAAGGAUUACAAUCAUAUGCAUAAAACUUAUAAUGCGGUAAAAUCGAUUGCAAAAAAUUCCCUACAAUCUAAAUCAAGAGAUCGCAAUCAAGAGAUAGAAUCGUCAGAAAUUAAUGACAUUUUGAUUGGACAGUGAUUGAAUUAUUAAGUUUAUGAUAGCCA